AUGUUCAUCUACAUCAAAUAUGGAGAUAAUCAGCAUUUUAUUGUCAAUAUCAAUUGUGCUGUCCACCGGUUGCUGCAUUACACCCGCAGUAAAGUGGGGUUGGCUAAAACAGACACCAUUGAUUUGUGUGAUGAAACGGGAACAAUGAAGUUGUUUUUCCUGAUGAAGAUCCCUGGAGACUAUGCCAGCAAAUUCCUUACAGCUCGAAACACCUACUACGUUUGUAGGGUGGCACGUGGGACACCAGGAACUCAACUUGCGAAUGCCUACCUAGCUUUUGUGCCCCUCCUGAAGAAUCCAGAACACACGCUACUUGAUGCCUUGCGCACUCAAUGUGACAUGCUGGAGAGGAGUAGACUGAAAAUGCUUAGACUCCAAGAAGCCAAGAAAGCCGUUAAAAUUGAUUCCUCUGUGAACCUUCCAUCCAAAACAGGUGAAGACAAGAACGCUCGCAAGCUCCCUCGCAAGGGUCCAUUCCAAAAGACCAGGGCAGGCUUUCUCAGUAAGAAGGGAAAACAGACUAAAAAAAUAAAGUGA